GGAGGCAGAGCGCCUGCUUCUUCAAGGGGUCCCUGCCGGGAGGGCCUGCAGAGUUGGUGGCGAUGCUGUCGGGCACCCAGGCAGUGGCAGCGGAAUGCGCGGAGGCGGAGCUGCGGUGCCGUGUUGCUGUGGAGGAGCUGAGCCCGGGCGGGCAGCCGCGAAGGCGCCAGGCCCUACGCACCGCGGAGCUGAGACUGGGUCGUAACGAGCGCCGCGAGUUGAUGCUGAGGCUGCAGGCGCCCGGGCCCGUGGAGCGGCCGCGGUGCUUUCCACUGCGCGCCGUGCGCCUCUUCACGCGCUUCGCCUCGUCCGGGCGCAGCACUCUGCGGCUUCCCGCCGACGGCGCUCCCCGGACCGGCGCUGUUCAGCUGCUGCUCUCCGACUGCCCCCCUGACCGCCUGCGCCGCUUCCUGCGCACUCUGCGCCUCAAGCUGGCCGCGGCCCCGGGUCCCGGGCCGGCCUCCGCCCGCACGCAGCUGCUUGGCCCGCGGCCCCGCGACUUCGUCACCAUCAGCCCGGUGCAGCCCGAGGAGCUGCAGCGCGCCGCGGCCACCUGCGUCACGGACUCCACGCCGGUGAAGCAGCCCACGGAGCCCCGGUCGGGGGCCAAGCCCAGCACCGUGAGGACAGGAAGGGGGGAAGUCCCAAGGUGGCCCCUGCCUGUGAAGAAGCUGAGCUUGCCCCCCACCAAACCAGAGCUUUCCAGGGAACAGGCUGCUGUGCUGAGGGUUGUCCUGAAAGGCCGGAGCAUUUUCUUCACUGGGAGUGCAGGUAGUGGGGAGCAGAGUGGGUGUGGGGAGAACAGUGGUGUGCUAGGAUGGAGGAGAAGUGGCCCUGGCUUUGCCUUCUGCCCAGGGACAGGGAAGUCUUAUCUGCUGAAGCGUAUCCUGGGCUCACUGCCUCCCACAGGCACUGUGGCCACUGCCAGCACUGGGGUGGCAGCCUGCCACAUCGGGGGUACUACCCUCCAUGCCUUUGCAGGCAUUGGCUCGGGCCAGGCUCCCCUGGCCCAGUGUGUGGCCCUGGCCCAGCGGCCAGGUGUGCGGCAGGGCUGGCUGAACUGCCAGCGGCUAGUCAUCGAUGAGAUCUCCAUGGUGGAAGCGGACCUAUUUGACAAGCUGGAGGCCGUGGCCAGAGCUGUGAGGCAGCAGAGCAAGCCAUUUGGAGGGAUCCAGCUCAUCAUCUGUGGGGACUUCCUGCAGCUGCCGCCUGUAACCAAGGGAUCCCAGCCCCCGCAGUUCUGCUUCCAGGCCAAGAGCUGGAGGAGAUGCGUCCCAGUGACCCUGGAGCUGACUGAGGUGUGGAGGCAGACGGACCAGACCUUCAUCUCUCUGCUGCAAGCUGUGCGGCUGGGCAGGUGCUCAGAUGAGGUCACCCGCCAGCUCCGGGCCACUGCUGCCCACAGGGUGGGGCGAGAUGGGAUUGUGGCCACGAGGCUCUGCACCCACCAGGAUGAUGUGGCCCUUACCAAUGAGAGGCAGCUGCAGGAACUACCAGGUGAGGUACACAGCUUUGAGGCCAUGGACAGUGACCCUGAGCAAGCCCGGACCCUAGAUGCCCAGUGUCCCGUUAGCCAGCUCCUUCAGCUAAAGCUGGGGGCUCAGGUGAUGCUGGUGAAGAACUUGGCAGUGUCUCGGGGCCUGGUAAAUGGUGCCCGAGGGGUGGUAGUUGGGUUCGAAGCCGAGGGGAGAGGGCUGCCCCAGGUGCGGUUCCUGUGUGGAGUCACCGAGGUCAUCCGUGCUGACCGCUGGAUGGUGCAGGCCACUGGGGGCCGGCUUCUCAGCCGGCAGCAGCUGCCCCUCCAGCUGGCCUGGGCCAUAUCCAUCCACAAGAGCCAGGGCAUGUCCCUGGAUUGCGUGGAGAUCUCUCUGGGCCGUGUGUUUGCCAGCGGCCAGGCCUAUGUGGCCCUUUCCCGGGCCCGCAGCCUGCAGGGCCUAUGUGUGUUGGACUUUGACCCCAUGGUGGUUCGCUGUGACCCCCGUGUGCUGAGCUUCUAUGCUACCCUGCGGCAGGACAGGGGCCUCAGCCUGGAGCCCCCAGAUGACGAUGAGGCAGCCUCAGACCAGGAGAACGUGGACCCGAACCUUUGAUCUGCAAAGAGAAGACAAAGGGUGGUCUCCCCCUCUUCCUGCUCCCUGGUGGGCCAGGCCCCAGGGGAUACCUGGGGGAGGGUAGUGAAUGUCCCUUUCUCCCUUCAUCAGGGGCUCUCAGCCUCCUGGCAGGGCUCAGGAGAGUGCUUCCCAUUCAUUUGCCAGCUGUACCUCAGUUUUUCCCCUUGCCCUGGGUGAGCUGCUUCCAGGGUCAGGAGGUGGCAAUGGGCCUGCAGUGGUAGCUGGUGUUAUAGGACACAGCUCUCUGCGAGGGGCUGGCCACAGGGCCACACGGUUGUGAAUGCCGCUCUUUUUUUUUUUUGCGGUACGCGGGCCUCUCACUGUGUGGCCUCUCCCGUUGUGGAGUACAGGCUCUGGAUGCUCAGGCUCAGUGGCCAAGGCUCACAGGCCCAGCCACUCUGCGGCAUGUGGGAUCCUCCCAGACUGGGGCAUGAACCCGUGUCCCCUGCCUCGGCAGGCGGACUCUCAACCACUGCGCCACCAGGGAAGCCCAUGAAUGCCGUUCUCUUUAGGCUGCAGAGAGGAGAGGUGGCAGGUCCUCCAGGAGCAGGAACAGGCUGUAGGGGUCCUGGCAGGGGACUCAGGUCCCAAGCAGAGAAGGGAACCUGAGGCGGGGGGAUCUUCACAGCUAGACCUAGCCCAGCACAAGCCAGGACAAACACCCUCCUGAGCCUAACCUGAGAACAUGCACUGCAAACUGUGUGUCUAUAUCUUAACGCUGCUCUUUCGGUGAAGAAAUCGUGUGUAGAAGUAUUGAAAUGGUUGUUCUCAGACUGUAUUUAUUUUGGUCAA